AUGGAUUUUGUGAACACUUUUCUGAAUUGGGUGGUGCCUCCGGCGAGCAUGGUGAUGCUAGCCUGUGCAUGGCCAGCCUUGUGCUUUAUCAGUGCUUGUGAGUGGCUUUACAGCACUUUUUACGAAGAGAAUAUGGAAGAUAAAGUGGUUAUUAUCACCGGAGCUUCUUCCGGCAUUGGGGAGCAAAUUGCGUAUGAAUACGCAAGAAGGGGUGCAAAUCUAGUACUAGUUGCAAGAAGAGAGACUAGACUUCUUGGGAUAAGUGAGAAUGCAAGACGUAUAGGCGCCAGACAUGUUAUGAUUAUAGCCGCAGAUGUUGUUAAGGAAGAUGAUUGCAGGAGAUUUCUCAAUGAGACCAUCAACUUCCAUGGCCGUGUGGAUCAUCUUGUAAACACUGUGAGUUUAGGUCAUACAUUCUACUUGGAGGAAGUGAGUGAUACGUCUGUGUUUCCCCACUUGUUGGACAUAAACUUUUGGGGAAAUGUUUAUCCAACAUUUGUGGCGCUUCCUUACCUUUACCAAAGCAAUGGCCGAGUGGUGGUUAAUGCAUCAGUUGAGAACUGGUUACCUCUGCCCAGAAUGAGCUUAUAUGCUGCAGCGAAGUCGGCUCUGAUAAACUUUUACGAGACGCUGAGAUUUGAAGUGAGAGAUGAGGUUGGAAUAACAAUAGCAACACAUGGCUGGAUUGGGGGUGAAAUAAGUGGUGGCAAAUUCAUGCUAGAGGAAGGCGCUGAAAUGCAAUGGAAGGAGGAAAGAGAGGUACAUGUGAGCGGAGGGCCGGUGGAGAAGUUUGCAAGGCUGAUAGUUUCCGGGGCAUGCCGAGGAGAACCAUAUGUGAAGUAUCCAAGCUGGUACGACAUAUUCCUAGUCUACAGAGUAUUUGCACCAAAAAUUCUGAAUUGGACAUUCCGUUUGCUUCUGUCACCCAACGGUACGAGGCGGACUUCUCUCGUGGGAACCGGAAGGCCUUAUUAUGCCGAAAGACCCUUAUUGGAGGGCUCCUCUCCGAGGAAGUUCCUCACGGGUGGUCCCAUGACGUUCCCUCAAAUGAGUCCUCCGCACCAGCUAAAACAGGAAUGAAGAAGACAUAGAAGAAGAUCAAGCGCCUAUGUUUUGUGCGAGUAGAUAGGGUGGUCAA